AUGGGCUCGGACACGCUGGCUCUACUCAUCGACGGCGACAACGUAUCGGCCAAGGUGAUCACGGGCGUCCUGUCCGAGAUCGCAAAACAUGGUACUUCGAAUGUCCGACGCAUCUACGGGGACUGGACCUUACCAAACCUGGGCCCCUGGAAGAAGUGCCUCCUUGAACACUCGAUCCAACCCGUCCAGCAAUUCGCCUACACCACCGGCAAGAACGCCACUGACGGCGCCAUGAUUAUCGAGGCCAUGGACCUGCUGUACACAGGUCGCUUUUCCGGCUUCUGCCUUGUCUCGAGCGAUAGCGACUUCACCCGCCUCGCCGUGCGCAUCCGUGAACAGGGGCUCACCGUCUACGGCUUUGGCGAGAGGAAGACGCCGCGCCCCUUUGUCAGUGCCUGCGACAAGUUCUAUUACUUCGACGCCCUGGAAACGGUGUCGCCCGACGAGGUACCGCCCGCCAUCCAUGCCGAUGGUGUCACAGAAGCUGCUGCCCGGCGGCCUUUUGUUGCAACAAUUCAGAGCAGUCAAGCCGGUGCGAGCAUCUCACCAACUCCAGCGCCCGCGCCCUCUGGUCCCGCAACCGGUAAACUAGACGCAGAAGCACUCGGGACGCUGACGAGAGCCGUGGUCGCUUGUGCAGAUGACGAUGGCCACGCAAACUUGGCCAAUGUCGGCACUUAUCUCACCAAGCAGUCACCAGACUUCAACGCUGCCAACUACGGCUUCAGCAAGUUGCGCGAGCUCGCUGAAGCCUCCGGGGUCCUUGAUGUGGAGCUCGUCCGGCGUCCACAUGCGGCACCGAUAUGCAUGCAAGUGAAAGGUCUCUUUGGGAAACGCAAUGGUCCAGAGGAGGAGAAGGACCGAAGGAGCAAACCUUCCAAUGCAUCUACAUGUGCGCUAAUGCAACCCGUGCACCCAUCCACUCCAGCACCACCUGCUAAGCUUCGGGGGCAAAUCAACACAACACUCGAAAGCCACUGCUUCCGAGCUCUGGACGAAGUUCGCUUCAAUCUCUACUCCCAGCCCCAUCCUGUGAUAUUUGAUUCUGUUUCGCCCUUGACGGCCAUACGUGAAAUCCGCAGUAUCAACAUGGACAAGAAAGCAGACGAGGGGCACGAGGCUGCACACCGGCAACACAGCGUAGAUACCGACUUCGGUAUUGGCAGUGAUGACGCUGCCGCGAUCCCAAAGGGAGAAAUCGACCCGGUCUACGAGGCAAAGGCCAGGGUUCUGAACCGAGCAGCAAAUAUCGGCAUGGGAUGGUAUCAAUGGCAGCUCUUCAUCGUCGUGGGCUUCGGCUGGGCCUCUGACAACUUAUGGCCCAUCGUGACAUCACUCAUAUUAACCCCAGUCUCAAAUGAGUUCAACGCCCCGAGACCUCCCCUCCUCAGCCUCUCGCAAAACAUUGGCCUUCUUGCUGGGGCGAUAUUCUGGGGCUUCGGAUGCGAUAUCUUCGGACGCAAGAUCGGCUUCAACGCCACCCUCGGGACAGCCGCUGUCUGGGGAAUGAUUGCAGCAAGCUCUCCCAAUUUUGCCGCCAUCGGGAUCUUCGCGGCCUUCUGGAGCUUCGGCGUCGGCGGCAACCUCCCCGUAGAUAGCGCCAUCUUCCUCGAAUUCUUGCCUGCUAGCCAUCAAUAUCUUCUCACGGUAUUGAGCAUAGACUGGGCCAUUGCGCAGGUGGUGGCCACGUUGAUUGCGUGGCCUUUACUCGGUAGUCUCACUUGUCAACAGGAUGAGACGUGUACCCGAAGCAGAAAUAUGGGGUGGCGGUACUUCGUCAUUACUAUGGGUGGGAUCACACUGAUUAUGUUCGCCAUUAGAUUCUUGUGCUUUACGAUCUAUGAGAGCCCAAAGUAUCUGAUGGGCAAGGGACUAGACGAAGAGGCUGUCCGAGUUGUGCACGAAGUGGCCCGUCGAAACGGACGGUCGGAAGCCACUUCCUUGACGCUUGAGGAUCUCAAGGCCUGUGAGCCCGAGGGAUACGUGCCUCAGACCAGCGCCGCAACUGCGGUCAAACGACGACUUGAAAACCUCAGCCUUAGCCGUGUAAAACCGCUCUUCGCAACGCGCAAGAUGGCACUUAGCACGGGCACUAUCAUGGCUGUAUGGGCAUUCAUUGGGCUGGGUUACCCGCUCUACAACGCAUUUCUUCCUUACAUACAGGCGACCCGGGGAGCUGAUUUCGGUGAUGGCUCAACCUAUUUGACCUACAGGAAUAGCCUGAUAAUAGCAGUCUUAGGCAUCCCAGGGGCGCUUCUCGGUGGGCUCCUGGUGGAGCUGCCGAGAUUUGGGCGGAAGAGAGCCCUCAGCUUGAGCACUGUCGUUACAGGCGUUUUUCUGUAUGGGAGUACCACAGCGCUGAACUCGAACGCGCUGCUUGGCUGGAAUUGUGCUUGGAAUUUUGCGAGUAACGUUAUGUAUGCCGUUCUCUAUGGAUUCACACCGGAAUUGUUCCCGACACCUCAAAGAGGCACGGGCAACGCCUUGACUGCUGUCAGUAAUCGUAUAUUCGGGAUCAUGGCGCCGAUCAUCGCCAUGUUCGCCAAUUUGGAGACUGCAGCGCCUGUAUAUACGAGUGGUGCGUUAUUUAUCGCAGCAGGCCUGUUGGUAUUGGUACUGCCGUUUGAGUCCCGAGGCAAAGCGGCUCUGUGA